CUAACUUGACGGCGCGGAGACUUCUGGGAAAUAGAGUCCUGGCCCAGAGCCGGCUCCUCGGUCCCAGUGGCUUCGGGAGGCGGAGCGGAGGGAUCCGAGAGAGGAGCGCGCCGCAGGAGCAGCCCCCGGACCGGAGCCUCGGGAGCCCGGGGCCGGUCAGCUAGUCCCGACGGGGUGGGUGUUGCGUCUGCGGGCCUGCAGGCGGUUGUGGACCCUGCGGCCGUUGGAGAGCGGGACUUGGGGUAGCCCGCCCCGGGCCCCGCGGGAGAGCGACCGGGAGGGUUUGACCGCUUCCCCGAGGUGGAUGGGCCGGGCUGGAGGGCAGGGCCGGGAGCUCCGGAUGGGGCUCCCCUGGGACUUGUGAGCACCCGGUGUCCUGGGGGAGCAGGGGCCGUAGGCUCGGCCGGGACGUGGCGCGUCCACCCCUCCGUCCAACCGCGAUCCUCCUGGUCUUCCUCCUCCUGUCGCCGUCUCGGCAUCUCGCACGUGUCUCUCAAAGCGCGUUAGCACCUUGGUUGUGUAAGCUAAGCGUCCGCUGCCCCCCUGGGUUGUGCCCUGUGGAGUCGCGCAGUGUAGUUACUGCAGGAUGAGUCUGCAAGGCUUCUGUCCUGCUGCCUCGCUUGAGGAAGGAAGAGAUUGGGCCUGAGAAGGGAGGUGACUUGUCCCAGAUCCUCACCGGGUGUGCACGUGGGGUCGCUACCAGGACUCCAAACUCCUAGGGCAGGUGUUCUGUCCACUUAAAGUCAGUUUCAUAAUAAAACAGUCAUAAGUGCAGCGGUAACCAAAUUGAGUCAGAUGAUUUACAAACAGUGCGGUGCCUUGAUGCACGUUUAUCCCACUUUUGAGAGCUUACAUUCUCCCUUACUGUGGAAUCUUUGAUUUUAAUCAAUUUAAAGAGACAAUAAGAAAAUACUUAAGUAGUGUCACAGGGAAAUUUUUUUAUUUGCAUUUUUAAUUUAACUCUUUGAAACAGUCGUUCAUAUUCACCAAUAAGAGUAACUUGAUCGUGUUGGUGUUGGAAAGGUACAGGUGUGUGUUUCUCUUGUAGGACCCUUUUAGCCUCUUGAAUGUUCAUAGGGUGUCAUUUUAUUGGACUUUCUUUGAUGGUCCUGAUGCAGGAGGUUCCUGCCUGGGCAGGUCAGGUUACUCAGCACUUCAGUUACUUGCUUCCCUUCCUCUAGGUCCACCGUUUACAGUCUACGAUUUUUCCAAGAGCAGCAGAAAAUGAAUGAAUCCCAGGGGCCAGUGUCAUUCACGGACGUGGCCGUGGACUUCACUCAGGAGGAGUGGCAGCAGCUGGACCCUGAUGAGAAGACAACCUACAGGGAUGUGAUGCUGGAGAACUACAGCCAUCUGGUCUCCGUGGGGUACGACAGCACCAAACCGAACGUGAUCCUCAAGUUGGAGCAGGGAGAGGAGCCUUGGGUAGCAGAUGGCGAGUUCCCACGGCAGUUUCACCCAGAAGAAGUCUGGAAAGUUGAUGACCUGAUGGAGAGAGCCCAAGAAAAUAAAGAUGAAUGUUCAAGGCAAGCUGUUUCUAUCAACAGCAGAACCCUGACUGAGGAGAGAGAGGUUGCAUUUGAUAAAACUUAUAACAUGGAAAUAAGCCUUGUUCCUUCAAACCUAAUGUCUCAUAAUUGUGUCUCAUGUGGAAAGACUUUGGGAUCUACUUCAGAAUUAAUUAUUAGUGAUGGAAGCUAUGCAAGAGAGAAACCUGAUGAGUGUAGUGAAUGUGGGAAAACAUUUCAUGGAGAGAAACUCUAUGAAUUUCAUCAAAAUGGGGAAGCCUUUUCUCAAAAUGAAGAAAGUAUUCAGAAAAUUAGUAUUUUGGAGAAACCCUUUGAAUAUAAUGAAUGCACAGAAGCCUUAGACAAUGAAGCUGUUUUCAUUACUCAUAAGAGAGCUUAUAUGGGGGAGAAGCCCUAUGAUUGGAAUGAUUCUGGAUCAGACUUCAUCCAGAUGUCAAGUUUUAAUGUAUACCAGAGAUCACAGAUGGAAUUGAAGCCCUUUGAAUGCAGUGAGUGUGGGAAAUCCUUCUGUAAAAAGUCAAAAUUCAUUAUACACCAGAGGGCUCACACAGGAGAGAAACCUUACGAAUGUAACGUAUGUGGGAAAUCCUUCAGCCAAAAAGGAACCCUCACCGUACAUCGGAGAUCACACUUAGAGGAGAAGCCCUAUAAAUGCAAUGAGUGUGGAAAAACCUUCUGUCAGAAGUUACACCUCACUCAACACCUGAGGACUCACUCAGGAGAGAAACCCUAUGAAUGUAAUGAAUGUGGGAAAACCUUCUGCCAAAAGACACAUCUCACCUUACACCAGAGAAACCAUUCAGGAGAGAGACCGUAUCCAUGUAACGAAUGUGGCAAAUCCUUCUCCCGCAAGUCAGCCCUCAGUGACCAUCAGAGAACGCACACGGGAGAGAAACUUUAUAAGUGUAAUGAAUGUGGGAAAUCCUAUUACCGAAAAUCCACCCUUAUUACACAUCAGAGAACACACACAGGAGAGAAACCCUAUCAGUGUAGUGAAUGUGGGAAAUUUUUUUCUCGGGUGUCAUACCUCACUAUCCAUUACAGAAGUCAUUUAGAAGAGAAGCCCUAUGAAUGCAAUGAAUGUGGCAAAACCUUCAAUCUAAACUCAGCCUUCAUUAGACAUCGGAAAGUACACACAGAUGAGAAACCCCACGAAUGUAGUGAGUGUGGAAAGUUCUCAUAUCUCACCAACCAUCACACAACUCACUUAGGAGAGAAGCCCUAUGAAUGUAGUGAAUGUGGGAAAACCUUACUUGAAAAUUCAGCCUUCGAUGGGCACCAGUCACUUCCCAAAGGGGAAAAGUCCUAUGAAUGUAACAUAUGCGGGAAAUUGUUCUCUGAGCUGUCAUACUAUACUAUACAUUAUAGAAGUCAUUCAGAAGAGAAGCCCUACGGAUGUAACGAAUGUGGGAAAACCUUCUCCCAUAACUCAUCCCUCUUUAGACAUCAAAGAGUCCACACAGGAGAGAAACCCUAUGAGUGUUAUGAAUGUGGGAAGUUCUUCUCUCAGAAGUCUUACCUCACUAUACAUCAUAGAAUUCAUUCAGGAGAGAAGCCCUAUGAAUGUAGUAAGUGCGGGAAAGUUUUCUCUCGGAUGUCAAACCUCACCGUACACUAUAGAAGCCAUUCAGGAGAGAAGCCCUAUGAAUGUAACGAAUGUGGGAAAGUCUUUUCUCAGAAGUCAUACCUCACUGUGCAUUAUAGAACUCAUUCAGGAGAGAAGCCCUAUGAAUGUAACGAAUGUGGGAAAAAGUUCCACCACAGGUCAGCCUUCAAUAGCCAUCAGAGAAUUCACAGGAGAGAGAAUAUGAACGUACUUGACAUGGGAAUGCUCCUCUGAAGUCAGAUCUCACUUUAGAAAACCCUCUGCACAUAAUGAGUAUGGGAAGUCAGUUGGGAGUCAGAUAUCACUGAGAGUUCAUGUUUCUGAAUGAGGAAAAGCAUUUAGAUGUUAGAUUUAUUCUAAUCUGAAUUUUCAUAGAGAAGAAUCCCUAAAACUGCAACAAGAAGCAAAGCCUUCAGCAAGACCCUACAACUCAUUGGACACUAGACAGUUUAUACAAGAGUGAAACUCUAUAAAUAUUUAAUAUUUAUUUUGGAUUCCAAUUAUAUUCACAUAUCAGGGAAUCAUACCAAGGUGAAACCUGUCAAAGUGAUGAAUGUGGAAAAUACAUUGUCAUGGAAAUUGUUAUACUAAAAGCCAUAUUUCUGAUAUAAAAUCAGAUGUUUUAAGGAAUGAUAUCAGAAGCUAUCAGCUCUGAAUAAACCUUCAUUGCAGAAAAUGAAA